CUCAAUUUUGUUACUCUACUUCGAUUCUGAGCACUCUUACCAGUGCAAGGAGCUCUACGAGGUUCCCGGCGGUGACCAGGUUGCUGCUGUCCCUCCUCGGGGAGCUCAGCGGCGACCUGGCCCGUUGGGGGCCUCCUCGAGCCGCAUUGUGCGGACGGGUUUUUGUGCAUGCACACGUAUCGUACUCAACUGUCCAUCUUGUUAUUGCUUGUGAUUUGCUUUCUUUUUGUUGAGCGAGUCCACGUUUUAUAUAUGGAGUUUGUGUCAUCGGAAUUGUCAGGCGCGGAUUUUGUUGCUCUAGAUUGGACAGAUACGGCGCUGUUUACUUCCGAGUUUCUCGCUUGUUUGUCUGCUCGUUUGUCUACGGUCGAAGUGUGUGUUAGUGAUCUAUAUUGCCGUGUUCGCCCUUCGUACGGAGGUGAGUCUUGCCUGCGUGGGCGAGACCAGCUGUAUGGGCAUGGUGUCAAAGUUUCUCAAUCGAAGUUGCGCCGCCUGAGGGCGAAACGUACCAGAUAUCGUUUGUGGUCCACGGCUCGGGGGCCAGAUUCGUCGUGCCUUGUUCGCGCGGGCAUUUGCGCGCCCAGAUAUUAUCGGAAUUUUUGUUCGGACGAUUCUGAGGAAGAGGAAUGGGUUGAGGACGCUUGUGGAACACUGACUGAUAUGGAUGCUGUUGAAUUGGCUGGCAACUCUUUGUGUUCGCAGUGUUCCGAUUGUGGGACUCAGACAGAUCUUUGUGUUCACAUUGAGUGUGGGACUCAGACUGAUCGUUGUGUUCUCUUUGUUGGUGAGGAGGAGAAGGAGGAGUGUCAUCGAGUGCACGUUGAUCGGGGUGGUGCUCCUCUCAGAACGAAGAGAUAUUGUUUCAAACGAGCGGAGGCUAUCGAGAGCACAAAGUUGCACACUUCAGAAUUGCAUGCGACCAACGGGAGUGCGGUGCAGAGUACCGCAGUUUUGAGUACAGUUGAUGCAGUCGGGAGUUCCAGUGCAGUCGGGAGUUCAACACUUGGGAGUGCAGUAGGAAGUUCCACAGCUCGGAGUUCCGCUGAUGCAGUUGAGGAUGCAGUUGGGAGUUCAACAGCUGGGAGUUCUGCAGUCGGGAGUUCAGCUGAUGCAGUAGGGAGUUCCAUGAAUGGGAGUUCUGCAGAUCGACCGAGUGAGACACGCUCUGAGUGCCAAGCUGCCAGGGACUGGGCCCUUGCCGGUGUCGAUGUAAGGGCUCUUUGGCUUGAGCUACGCCGUCUCCCGACACAGGAGUGUCAGCGUAGGACUGAGGCUCUUAAUGCAUGCAGGCUGCAAUUGGGAAUUGAAAUUUCCGAGGAGGAUGAUUCGCAACAAGGGGGUCCUCAGAGUUCUACUUCCAGGAGUGCAUUGACGCGGAGCGGCAAGAAGCAUCGGAAACGGCACAGAUGAUGCACAUGUGAUUGAUCCUGCACGCUUGAUUUGUCAUUGCGUUGCCUUUCUUCAUGCCUGUGUGUGUUGUCGUGCAUGCGCGUGUGUUGAAUAAGAGCUUCGCUUGAUCCCUCAAAGUAGGUCAUUCGUUGCUUCCUUGAUUUGAGUGCUCAUUGACCUUUGAACGUGACUUUCCGUGAUUUGUCACGUGGUGCCUCAAAGUAGGCCUUUGUUUGUGUGUUCAUAAUUCAGUUCGCAUUUCUUAUCUGCAUUCUGACCUUUAAUCUCUUGUGCAUUCUCAGUGGUGUUGAGACGGUAAUCGCUGUAUAAACCAGUGGUUACUGUAUGGUCUCUCACUGCUUCUCGUGUGGUCGCUGUAUAAACCAGUGGUUGCUGCGUCUCACUGUUUUGGUGUUCUUUUUUCGUGCAUGGGCAGUCUUGUGCAUAUCUGUACAGCCUCGCUGUUUGAUGCACCUCUGCUUUGAUCUUUGCAGCUUCGCUGUCUUCCUGUACAGCUUCGCUGUUUAGGUUCUUUGUGUUUAGGCCUGCUCCCAUGGGAGCUCGAACCGGCUUUUGCAAAAGACGCAAAAGACCAGGUUGACGGUUCACCGCCGGCGCCAGUUGCUGGAAGCUUAAGAGUAAUUCGGGGACGCUGGAGAGCUAGUAACUGGUAGAGCUUUCCUUAGCUAGUUGCUGGAACUCAUCUUGCCGAAGAGCUCUACGAGGUAUGAGGACAGGUGAUUUUAGAUGUGGUUGACACGGUGAAAGAGCAACCCUGUCAACCAGGCCCCAACGCGCUCGGAGUGGAUGUUGCAUCCAGGGUGUUUUCGCAGAUGGCGGUGCCCAGUCAAGGUCUUGCCGCGGGCGCCCGGCCGUUACUAGCUCGGGGGAUCGCGGAGCAGAUGUCGGAUUGCACAGCUAUGGCGCGCGCGUCGGGAUGUUAGCGUUGCUCGGGGGUAGCCAGAGGAGACGCCGCCCGUGGCCCUCAUGGCGCGGAAUGUCGAGAACGUAUUUUCGAGAGGCUGGACCGACGAGAUGUUCCGAACAUCCAGGAGAGAGCGGCGGCUCAGAUGGAGAUGGGGCCCAGUGGUUACCGCGAGGACGAGGACAGGGUGGAACCCUUGACAGACAACUGGGCCG